GGCUGGACUGCGAUAGCGACAGAUGUCUAGAAAACUGCGAGGGGCACUCCUCAGUUACACCACAGUCCCAGGCUGCACCUCGGAGAGCAGGGGCGGAAUCUGCAGCUGUCACUCCAAAGGUUUACCUCCAUUAUCACAUCCAGCCGGAGCUUGGAAAAAGAAGCCCAAGUGAUCACUCUCUAGAAUCACAGGAGACACCAUGGGAGGCAAACUGAGCAAGAAGAGGAAGGGAUAUGAUGUGAGUGACCCCAAAGAGGCAAAGGAUGAGGCCACAGCAAUAGCUGCAGGUGCAGAAGAGUCUACUAAACUCGAGUCAAAGGCUGAGGCAAAUAAUGUGGCAGCAGUAACUGAAGCUGUAAAAGCUCCAGAAGAGCCCAAAUCUGCCCCUCCAGAGGAACCAGCUGUUGCAGCAGAGGAGGCAGCUCCAGUAGCAGACAAACCACCUGCAGCAGUAGAGGAACCAGCUGUAGCAAUAGAGGAACCAGCUGCAGUUGCAGUUGCAGAAGAACCAGUUGCAGCAGCAGUGGAGGAAGCUCCAGUAGUACAAGAACCAGUUGUAGUAGCAGUGGAGGAAACUCCAGUAGUACAAGAACCAGUUGCAGCAGCAGUGGAGGCAGCUGCAGUAGGGGAGCCAGCUUCAGAAACAGAACCAGCUCCAGCAGUGGAACCAGCUGCUCCAGCAGUGGAACCAGCUGCAACAGCAGAUGAACCAGCUGCUGCUGCAGAGGAACCAGCUCCAGUAGAGGAACCAGCUGCAGUAGUAGAGGAACCAGCAGCAACAGUAGAGGAACCAGCUGCAACAACAGAGGAACCAGCUCCAGUAGAGGAACCACCUGCAGCAGCAGAGGAACCAGCUGCAGCAGCAGUGGAAGCAGUUGUAGCAGUAGUGGAAUCUGUUCCAGCAGUGGAGUCAGCCCCAGUAGUAGAGGAACAAGCUGCAGUAGAGCUUCCUGAAGCUACAGCAGCAGCAUCAGAAGAACCUGUUCCUGAGCCCGAGUCUGCAGCUGCACCUGAAGAACUCCCUGUAGAAGAACCUGCAGCACCUGUAGAAUCUUUGCCAGAGCCUAUCCCAGAGACUGUUACUGAGCCAGAAGUUACUGUGGAGGAGACAGUACUGCCUGCUGCUGUCCCUGAACUCGAGCCAGUGGCUGAGCCAACUGCAGUGCCAGUUCUAGAGCAAGCCCCAGAACCAGAGAAAGCCAUCGAGCCAGAGCCAAAUCAAGCACCAGAGCCAGAGCAAGCACCAGAGCCAGAGCAAGCACCAGAGCCAGAGCUUGUAAAAUCACCAGAGCCACAACCAGAGCAAGUACUGGAGCCAGAGCCAGAGCAAGCACCAGAGCCAGAGCUUGAAAAAUCACCAGAGCCACAACCAGAGCAAGUACUGGAGCCAGAGCCAGAGCAAAAGGCUGAUACAGUAAUAUCUGCAGCAGAGGAACAAGUAGAAGAAGUUGAGCCACAACCAGUUGUAGCCACAGCUGAUAUUACUGAACUCGAGACGCAUGAAGCAGAAGCACCUAAGGUCUUGGAGACUGCAGCAGAGGAGGUCCCCACUGAUCAGCUUGUAGAAGAAGCAUCUGUUGCAGAAGCAACAAAAGCCUCCAGCCCUGAGGCAACAGCUGAGCCAGAACCAGUGGAACCUGUCCCUGAGAUUGUCAUCUCAGAGUCCAUCUCUGCCAGCGAAAUUACUGCUGAGUCUGAAGAGGCAGCCGAAGCAUCUGUGGAAGAGGUGCCUUCACAGCCUGAGGUAGAAAUCAAGAUGGAAAAUGGAAAUGUAGAGAGCCCUUCUGUUACAGAGGAUGUGGCGGUAGCAGAUGCACUUUCAGCUGUGAGUGGAGAGUGCACAAAUUCUGCUGCCACAAAGACAGAGGAAUGUGUUAAUGGUAAUGAAAAGCCAGGGGAGACGCCUAUCAAGGAGCAGAGUGACUUUGAACUAAAAAAGGAUGUGAGUGGGGAUGUCCCGGAAGUUCCAGAUGCAGUCUCCGACAUGGUGGAUGGUCUCAGCACUGAGGUCACCAAGGCAGUCUGAAAAGAAGCCAAUUUUGAAAUCAAUGUGAAUUCAGUUUAAUCUUCCAAUGCGAGAAAGCCAUCAAGGUAUCAUAAAAACAGCUAGGCUUUCUGGAAUGCUGUAACCACCACAAUGAUAGUGGUAACUCAGGCAGAUGUCUUCUUUUGAGUAACCAAACAUGAAAUGCAACCACUUGAGGAUAGGAAGAGAAGGAGGGGUUCAGACAGACAAAGAGCGAGAUUAAAGAGGAGAUUGAAGUGCAGAGAGGAGACUUGAGUUUAGAUUUUGAGGUUGAGUGCAGACAGACAGUGAAACUGAAAGGAGAACAAAACUACUGGACAAUAAAUAUGAUAUUAACGAAUGAAAUGAAUCAAUCUGUAUUUGCGUGUGAGCCUGAUGAAUAUUACAAAGUGGUUUAUUGGAACAGCAUCCAUUAUUAGUAUGUUAUCUGAUUUAGAAUGUCAUAUAUCCUUUCUAUUACUAUAUGCAGAGACCUGACGUAAAUGUUUUGGCCUUUUAUAAUAAUAUCUGUGAGGACUGUUCAUUUUAAAUUGAUUGUUCGCAAUAGAGAAUAAAAAGAUUAU